AUGUCUAAGAGACUUGAAGUUGUGAAAGCUGUUGCUAAGUUCAUCAUAAAAUUAGAGAGAACCGCUCUAGAUAAGCCGGGAAAACUGGUUGGAACCCAUACUGUACCGUGGACUUCAACUUUCAUGGCCUCUUCAACACCGCGAAUCGAAUUCGAUAGCUUUGCUCCGAAUUACACGGAGACCGCACCUCCUUUUGAGGAAGACUUACCGUCAUCACUCUUCCAUCUGAUGACAGCCCACCAUGAUUUCAGAACAGAAGCAAAUGCGAACUGGGAUAUGUUGCUAGUUAUUUUGCGGCAGAUGGAUGAGAGACAAUUUUUCAAAUCAUCUGAUUCAACAAACGUGCUAUGGCAUUGGGAUCUCCAACCUCGACACAUUUUCGUCGAAAAGUCCGAAUCUGGUCAAUGGGAAGUUAGCGGAGUCAUUGAUUGGGAUGAUGUAACGUCCAUGCCAUUAGUUCUGACUAGAGCUCCCAGGUACUGGCUCUGGUUCUACGAGGAGUGUUUCGAAUACGCUAGUUACUUUUCACAUCCGUGGGACGGUGACUAUGACGCGCCUGUAGAUCUGCCCCACAAUAAGGAUGUAACAAUUGUUAAAGAGUAUUUCGACCGGAUAAUGCAGGAGGCGGACCCGACGUAUAUGGACGAUACAUACGGAAGAGGUCAUUGGAUCCGUCGACUCAUUGAACUCGCAAGGUUUGGAUUAGAUAACCCCGGGAUAUUGAAAGACUUGAUCAGUUUAUCAAUGAUUGGGACGAUUACACUGGGGCAUUGGGUUCGAUUUAUGGGGAAUAUAUGUAUCACAUAUUGCUUGAUGAUGGUACGCAUCUUUAGAUAG